AUGAGAGUUAAUCGAUUGUGGUGUAGAUUAGUCACACCAAUACUUUGGAGUACACCAUUCAAACGCUACUCACAGUCAUACACUCCAAAAAUAAUUAAUACGUAUAUCUCUUGCCUUGAUGUAAAGAAUAAAAAAUUCUUAAAGAGCUUAGGGUUAAUGAUACCUUUACAUCCUGCAAAUCCUUUAUUUUAUUAUCCAAAAUAUUUGGAAGGGUUUAACAUAGUUAACUACACCUUUGCGAUGAAGAAGUGGGUUAAAGAUCAUUUUCAUUGUGUAAAUAAAGAGUGGAAUAUCUCGCGCACCCAAAGAACCUUGGAUUCUAUGGUGAUGGACUUAAUAUUUAACCAUUCUUCCUCAUUAAAAAAAUUUAAAUAUGUUAAUUAUAGUGGAUUUUCACGUGCGGAUUUUUUGGAAAAGUUACCAUAUUCAGAUUUAUCAUUAAUUAGUACAUUGGAAUUCCUAGGACAUGGAUAUUCAAAUGAAAUGUACUUUACAACAUUACCAAAAUUAUUUAAACAAAUGUCCAAAUCUACAAGGAAUAUUAUACAUUUAUCAUUUUAUUUCCCUGAAACUUCAGAGGAUUCAAAACUUUAUCAAAGGCCAACCACUUUUAUGCAUCAUGAUCAAUCGGUUAAGAAUUCAACAGAAUUAGAUCUAUCCGUCGCUGAACUCAUUCGAUCACAAAAAUCUUUAAAGAGUUUUUGCACAAAUGAAUUUUGGAUGAAAUCUUCAACGGAUUUGAUCUUUACCUCAUUAUUAUCACAUUCAAAUUCAUUAGAAUUCAUUAAAUUUUUCACUUUAAUACACUUUGAUCAAUCAUUUUUUCAUUAUAUGAAACAGAUUAAUUCGUUGCGUACUUUGGAAUUUAAAAGGUUUCUCUUUAAAUCAUCAUCUUUUAAUUUAUCACACCUUAUAAUACCUCAAAAUUAUCUCCCUCAAGUACAAAAUGUUUAUUGUGAUGAAGGAGAUAUUUCUAACAUCUCUAAACAAUUGAUCAAUAUUAUUUUACGGCUUUCGGAUCACUCUUUAAAAAAAUUUUAUUUUAAAGAAGCCAAUUCCGUAAUCUUAUCUACUAUUGAGUUAUAUUGUCCGAAUAUUACGCAUCUUCAUAUCUCAUUAAAAGAAGAAUCUAUUGUCCCUUCAUUAAAUGUUAUUAAAAAACUUCCUUUGAUCUCAUUUUAUUUACAUACCAUUCGUUAUUCAAGGACAAUGGAAUCUUUUUUACCGAGUACUUUACAAUAUUUUGGUUUAUCCGGUAACAUUGGACAGGAUUCCAUUGAGAAAUUAUUAGCUAACGCUUAUUUACCAAAUUUAUCCACGAUGGAAAUAUUAAAAAUACAUCAACCUAAUGAUAGAAUCAGAAAGAUUUUUAUUAAAUUUAGUGAAAGGUUUAACCAUCGAUUAAAAGAAUUGAAAUUGGAAAAAUCUUUAUUAAAAUUGUUCAUUUCAUCAGAUAAAAGAGAGUUAUGGAAUACGAGAUCUUUCAAGAUAAGUGAAGUGAAAUUCUUUAAAUAUGCCGUUUAUGCUAAAGGCAAGUCUACAAUUAUUACCCUAACGAGCGAGACCGUCAAUGGUGAAGCUAUUAAUGUCGAAGGCACUUCAGCUGGAAAUGCUGAAGAAAAUCAAAUCAUCGAAGGAUUAGACUCCCUUCUUCUUGACACUCCACCCGAAACUUUGAAUUCUCUUCCUAACGUCUUUAUAGAUCGUAUGGGAAAUAAUUUUAGGUGGCCUACUUCUAUGCCCCAAUGCACCAGAGAACAAGUCUUCUGGACUUUCACUGAUAACGAAGUACUUGAAGAUGAUCAAGAAUACGGACUCAAUUCUAUUUAUUUUUACGAUUGUCUUGACAAGGGAUUGUUUAAUGAUCAUAAAGAAGACUGGGUGCUGGUGUACAAACAGAGAAUAGUUGAAUAUGGAGAAAAGAAGACAAGACAGCAACUGGGAGAUCUCGAUCCAAGAGCAGUACUUUCCAACCGUUCUAGUGAUGGAGAUGAAUAUAUGAUUCAAGUUCGAGUUAAAAGAGUUGAUGCUGACGAUACAAGAUCCUUCAUGUUUCCUUACCAAUUUAUUGAUACGAAAAAUGCAAAUAAACAUUACAAGACAGUACUAGACACAGGUGCGCCAGAAACCAUUUUACCCUAUGAAGUCCGUGCAAACCUAGGAAAUUCUGGAUGGGAAAGAACUUCGGUCCAUACACCUAGAUAUGAAGCACCAGCAAAAUUGUUUGUAGCUACUGUCCCAUUCCUAAUAUCAAUUGGUGACAAUCGCUCUUGGAGUAGAUGGGUCAAAACCAAUACGCUCCGAGUGUGGGAACGUGAUCCUGGUAACCAGGUGAACUCUUCUCUGGUGGGCAACGACAUACUAGACCAGCUUAUGUUCACCAGAGGAGAGGAGGCCUCCUGUUCUUAG